AAAUCUGUUUUCUCUAGUCGUUUGCUUUUUGUGUCCACUCGAAUCGAUUAGACUCUACUAUAUAACUCGUACGAGGAGCACAUCCAACACCCUCUGACUCUGUCGUUUUCUCUCACUCAACUGAAAAACUAAAACCCAUUUUCUUCUCCAAAACCUUCCACUUUCUCCAACCCAAACGCGCUUGCGAGCAUAUCUACUUCGCUCUCUUACCCGUUUUUCUAAUCUUCUCGCUCUGUCCAAUUCCAACACUCCCGUGGUUGAUAAGUAGCGAAAUUUGAUGCUGUAGGUGUUUGAAGGAACCAGAUAUUACAAAAAGGUUAUGAUCAAAAUAGAGUUGUGAGAUCUAGCAGUGUUACUGGGAAUGAAAAAUCUUCUGUAGGUUCUGUUACACACUUUAAUUUGCACUUUGACAUGGAGGCUCAAAUUCAUCAACUUGAACAAGAAGCUUACUCUGCUGUCUUGCGUGCUUUCAAAGCUCAGUCUGAUGCUCUUACAUGGGAGAAGGAAGGUUUGAUAACUGAGCUUAGAAAAGAGUUGAGGGUUUCGGAUGAUGAACACAGAGAGCUUCUUACCAGGGUUAACUCUGAUGAAAUAAUACACCGCAUUAGGGAGUGGAGACAAACUGGUUGUUACCAACCUGCAAGACGUAGCACAUCUCAGCCUGUUCAUGACAUUUUACCUAGUCCAACUGUUUCAGUGUCCCGAAAAAAGCAGAAGACAUCCCAUUCGGGUCAGUCCUUGCCUGCUUUAUCUUCAGUGAAGUCUGUGCAGUAUACUUCUGCGGGACCAACUGGAGGUAGGCAUUUUUCAAAUCGCAACGCUAGUGCUCUUGCAUCCAAUCCACCCGCCGAAGCAGCAGCAUUUGAUCCAUUGAUUGGGAAGAAAGUUUGGACUAGGUGGCCUGAAGAUAACCACUUUUAUGAGGCUGUUGUAACUGAUUACAACCCUGCUGAUGGUCGGCAUGCUUUGGUUUAUGAUAUUAAUAAAGUACAUGAGACUUGGGAAUGGGUUGAUCUCAAAGAGAUCUCACCGGAGGAUAUAAGAUGGGAAGGUGAAGAUCCAGGCAUAAUCCAUAGAGGUGGACAUAGUGGGCACGGUCGUGGGGUUAAGAGAUUCUUUGGCCAUGGUGGUGAUUCUUUAGGUGCAGGAAGAGGGAGAGGUCAUCCUAGGCUUCAUACCAGACAAGAAUUUCACCCACCUCAAAAUGGUAUUGGGAAGAGAGUUUUGGAUGACAUUGAAUUGCUGAACACAGAUUCUCUAGUUAAGGAGGUGGAAAGGAUUGUUGCUACAAGUGCUCCAGAUUCAAUGGAACUUGAGAAGGCAAAGCAAAUGCUGAAAGAGCACGAGCAAGCACUUGUUGACGCUAUUGCAAGGAUUGCAGAUGCAUCUGAUGGUGAAAGUGAUGAAGAACAGCCGUUUUUGCAGCAUGGACAAUUAAUAGAAAGGGGAUAAGAGCACAGGAAAUACUGCAUGUUGGAGGUAAUCUGUUGCACAGAAAACGUUAUAUCUUUAAGCUCUGAUGAUCUCGUGAACUGUAAUAUUGGAGAGAUGAAUGGGUGGACAGCUUAUGCAUGCACUUGUAGGAUCCAGCAGCAGCAAAUGGCCAAUACGAUUUUCUUCUUACUGAUGCAUUUUCUGUCUUUCAUUUAUUACUCUUCCUGACUGUUGCCACAUGUACGAGUUUUGUACUCAAUGACGAUUUUGAAUACAGGGAGCCCCUCAUUUUAUCAA